GGGCAUUCAGCUGGUUUUCUCCAUCACCCGAAGAAGGCUAUCUAUCCCAAUCAAAUUUCUUCAUGGCUUGUAUUGAAAAUGUCUUUGGAGGGCAUGGCCGUUCACCCAUAGUGGUAGCUGUGGACAAAAAUGGAAACCGGGAGCUGCGCCAGGACAUAUCCCUGCAGUGUCCGAGCUCCAUGCCAAAGGAUGAUGUGGAGUCCUGGGGCCACCCUCACGUCCCACUGAGACCUCCCUUCAGUAUGCUGACCGAUCUGUCAAGAGAGCAACUGGAGCACCCCUCUGAGGGAAAAGAAUCCUGUGUUCCUGUGGAUAGCUCCAGAGCUCUCAUGCACCCCUAUGGGCCACCACCUGCUGUUGUGGAAGAGUCCCUAGCAACAGCAGAAGUAAACAGCUCUGAGGGGCUGGCAGGCUGGAGGCAGAAGGCACAGAAUUCUAUUAAUGUAUCCCGUGAAGUCUCUGGCGGCCCUCCCGCACUUAUGGUAGGGGGCACAAGGGUCAUCAAUGGGGGCACUGAGAUAGGUGGCAAUAAUGCAAGGUUAUAUGUGGCUUUGCCACGAAGUAAAGGGUUCUUUCCACCCAGGGGCCCACAAGUAAGAGGCCCUCAGCAUAUUCCCACACUUAGAUCAGGGAUAAUGAUGGAGGUGCCUCCAGGUAAUGCUAGAAUGGUCUGCAAAGGAAGGCUGGCUCACGUUUCCUUCCCACUUGGAGGCACGAGGCAGCCCGUGGAUAAUUGGCCAACACCUAUGCCGGUGGUGUCUUCCAGUACUGCAGGUUUGCCUUCUUGCUUUGCUGCUCAUUGUUUCAUACCUCCUCGACCUCCGACUUUCAAUCCGUUUCUCUCUAUGCCUAUAGCUUUUGUGCCUCCCCAGAUAUUUGGCCCUCCACUGCCUUCUUAUUUUGCCCAUUUGUGUCCUGGGGGAAUGCCAGCUCCUGCAUGCUCAAACAAAGACCACAACUGAUGGCAAAAAUUAAAGAAGAAAAGAAGGGUUAGGGAAAGCGGUGACUAAUUCAUGCUUUUAUAUUUGAAACCCCCUACCCUCUCACAUUCUGUUUAGCAUUAAUGUGCCUUACAUACUUGGAGAUUCAAUAAAGAUUCUGAAGUUUGAAA